GCGGCGGCCGCCCGUGCCCGGCGUGUGCCAGGAGCCCGCCGGUGCCGCAGGAGGAGCAGGAAGCGCCCGGGCGAAUCCAGCCGCGCUAUCACAUGACUCAGCAACCGCUGCCGCCGGGCUGAGUUCACCCAGCGCCGCGCCGGGAGGAGGAAACCUGCAAUGAGGCCUCGGCCCCGCGGCUGCCCCUGAGCCCGCCGUCCUCUCGCCCGGCUCGGCGGGGCCCGGCGCCCCCAUUGCGGGAGCGCGGCGGGGGCUGCCGGAGCCGCCUGGCAGCGCUGCCCGCCGGCGCGCCCCGCUCCCCGCCCUGCGCGGCGGCCCCGGCGCUGCCGCCGCCGGGGUACUAUGCUCACGCGGGUGAAGUCCGCCGUGGCCAAUUUCAUGGGCGGCAUCAUGGCUGGCAGCGCGGGCGCCGAGCACGGCAGCGGCGCGGACUUGCCCCUCCGCUUCCCCUACGGGAGACCCGAGUUCCUGGGACUGUCCCCGGACGAGGUGGAGUGCUCCGCCGACCACAUCGCCCGCCCCAUCCUCAUCCUCAGCAAGGACACCCGGCGCCUGCCCUGGACCACGGGCUACGCGGAAGUAAUAAAUGCAGGGAAGAGCACGCACAAUGAAGAUCAAGCCAGCUGUGAAGUCCUCUUUGUCAAAAAAAAAGCUGGAGGCAGUAAUUCUACACCAAACAAGAACUCUUCAACAAAACGGAGGUCAUCGUUGCCCAAUGGAGAAGGUCUCCAGCUGAAAGACAAUUCAGACACAGACGGGAUCAACCUGUACUACUGGUCCCUGUUUGAUGGACACGCUGGGUCAGGGGCAGCUGUGGUCGCUUCCAAACUGCUGCAGCACCACAUCCUGGAGCAGCUGCAGGAGAUCGUGGACAUCCUGAGGAACACAGCCGUCCUCCCUCCCACCUGCCUGGGAGAGGAGCCUGACAACCCUUCCACCAACAGCAGGACACUGACACGGGCGGCCUCCCUGCGGGGGGGUGUGGGAGCCCCGGGCUCGCCCAGCACGCCUCCAACACGCUUCUUCACUGAGAAGAAGAUCCCACAUGAGUGCCUGGUUAUUGGGGCCAUAGAAAGUGCAUUCAAGGAAAUGGAUUUGCAAAUAGAGCGAGAGAGGACUGUGUAUAACAUUUCUGGUGGCUGCACAGCCCUAGUGGUGGUGUAUUUAUUGGGGAAGCUUUAUGUGGCAAACGCUGGUGAUAGCAGAGCUAUAAUAAUCCGAAAUGGCGAAGUCAUUCCAAUGUCUUCAGAAUUCACUCCAGAGACUGAACGCCAGCGACUUCAGUAUCUGGCUUACAUGCAGCCCCAUUUGCUGGGAAAUGAAUUCACACAUUUAGAGUUUCCACGGAGGGUGCAGCGCAAGGAAGUUGGAAAGAGGAUGCUGUACCGUGACUUCAAUAUGACUGGCUGGGCAUACAAAACCAUUGAGGAAGAUGACUUGAAGUUUCCCCUUAUAUAUGGAGAAGGCAAGAAGGCUCGGGUUAUGGCAACAAUUGGAGUGACUCGAGGACUGGGAGACCAUGACCUGAAAGUGCAUGACUCCAAUAUAUACAUCAAACCUUUCCUGUCCUCAUCUCCUGAGGUGCGAGUCUAUGACCUCCAGCAGUACGAGCAUGGGCCAGAUGAUGUUUUGAUCCUAGCUACUGAUGGACUCUGGGAUGUGCUGUUAAAUGAAGAAGUGGCAGAAGCUGUCACAAACUUUCUACCAAACUGUGACCCUGAUGAUCCCCACAGGUACACGCUGGCGGCGCAGGACCUGGUGAUGCGAGCCAGGGGAGUGCUGAAGGACCGGGGCUGGCGGAUAUCCAACGACCGGCUGGGCUCCGGAGACGACAUCUCUGUCUACGUCAUCCCUUUGAUACACGGGAACAAACAGUCGUGAAAGGAGCACCGAGGGCGGCUGUAGGAUGGGCAUCUUGUUGGGAAGGGCCUGUAAGAGACUAUAGGUUUUUGGUGGUCUGACCAGGACACUUGCAAUUGGUGUAAUCUAGUCAAAACUAAUGCUGGAGGGAUAUUGUUCUGCCCAAAAGGUAGGGCUCUGCACAUAUACUGUAUAUGAUUAAAGAUAACCCUUAAGAUUCCAGUUUCCCUACAGAAAAGGUUUUGGUGCUUAAGAGGAAUGGGAUUUAAAUGCUGCUAGCAUAUUAUGGAUUCUGCCAUCCCUCUAGGUGGGGUGGGGAAUUGAUUUUUUUCUCAGUUUACCAUGUAGCUUGGAAGAGCCAUUUCAGUUGUGAAAGUAGAAGUGGGUAUCAGAAGCCAAGGAGGCUCCUGAAAUAUACCCUAAAAUAUUCAGAAGGGGGCUUGGGUCACAUCUCAUUUAAGAAUAUAGAUAUACAUAUAUGAGACUCAAGUGUUUUCUUCUUUCAGAAAGUUGUAUUCAUGACUUAUCUAUGGACAACUUAAAACUUGUGUAAUCCUCUGAGCCCCCAUUUUCCUCUCCUGUCUCUUCUUCAGUAGACCGUACCUCCUGUAUUUUAGUAGGAAAACUGAAAUUGGUUUCAGUGUGACUAUGCCUGUUUACUGCAGCUAAAACUGUCACCUGCAAAGUUGUCCAGGAGAAAUAGGUCACAGUCCUGUAUGGCAGAAUUUAUUCUGAUGUGAGGAGGUCCUUGUCCAUAUUUCUUGUUGCGUGUAUACCAUGAUUAUACAGAGCAUGCAAACUCAGCCUUAUGUGAUGUUUACCUGGAGGCCGUGGUUUCUUUGGGAUCAGAGAUUUACAUUCAUUGAAUGGUUCUGCCUGCUUUAUCCUGUUGAAAGGAUCCCUUACCAUAAAAUUUUUCCAUCAGUUGAGAUUUAGUAAAUUUGUUUGGGCUCCUGAGUGUAUUUUCAGUUGGACUUCUACUUGAAAUAGUGAUACUGUUCUCAUUAGCAAUUUGGAUACCCAGAUAGUGAUCUAUUUCAAAGGUGUUUCAGUUCUUCUGCCUCAUUUCUUAUUCAGUAUACCUCCACUUGCUUGACUUCGGUGAUCAGAAUGGGACAGCUUAAAACGUUCUCUCAUUUUGGCAUUGAGAAUUGUACUCAAGGAUCACAAGAUGACUGUGAUAGAUAGAAGCCCUUGCUUCAGCAGUUCUUUUCUUAGCAGUGAUAAAUCAAUUUAAAUAAAGAAAAUUUGUGUACAAUCUUACUGAAAUGAAAGUAGUCCAGGAGAGAAACAAGUGAGCAAGUCUGCAGUGUAACCUGGCUGCCUAGUCCACGCAGGCAGCUCUCUUACUUCACUGGCAGGAAUUUGAGACAACAAGAUCAGAAAGUACUGGCAGACAGGCAGGUAUGUUGGCUGGGGAGCCAACUUCCACCUCAUUUGUGCCCAGACCACAUUGCUGUGGAGCUGUUCAUCUGGUUUGUGCUUCUUUGAUAAGAAAAAAGGGAGCUGACAUCAUUGUAGGGCACUGACUAGGGAGCUGGCAAACAUUGUGUCCUUUCCAAAAGAGAAGGAGAUGCUGUGCCCUUUGCAGACUUUCUCCUGAACCGGCGUGGCCCAGAUCUUGCCAGGUCUGUAAUUUAUGAUGUGCUGUGUAAACACAGCGCAGCCCGAGUGCGGUGCAGCUGCCCAGAUGCUGUGUUUGGCUGCAUCUGGAAGUACAGUUUGGUGGAUUUAAACUACUCUUGCUCCAAAUCUCUAGACCCAGAAGUGUCUCAGGAUGAAAGCAGACAAUGUGGAGAGUGGAACAGCUCAAACAUUGCAGCAAGCUGCAUGAUUUUAGCCUGAAAACUGUUCCAUGAGUUCCCCAGUGCCUCAUGUGAUAAAGUGGUACAGAACGUGGAUGUUUUGUAUUCUAGAGCUUCAGUAUAAAUCAAUGGCAUAUCCGAUUAUGCAUUUUCAUGCUUUCUUUCCUUUUUUUUUUUCUCUUUACCUCUUUUUCUGUGUGCAUCUGGGUGAAAAGAGAGGCUUGGAGUCUAGAAUAUUUUUCACAUGGCCCUUCAUAUGUUUUAAAAUUUAAGCAAGAGAUACUCUUCCACUUUUUUUUUUUUUUUUUUGGCCUAAUAAACUUGUAAACAUGCUUUUCAUGCUCUGUGUAACUCCUGUUGUCUCUUUGCUAAUGCAGUUGUAUAGUCUUCUGGUAAUUCAGCUCCUCUGACAAAGAAAUUAGUGCUGGCAAAUCUGAAAUCAUCUGAACAGCUGAGACACUGGUGCCUGCUGGUACUAACUACAAGCCUAAGUUAAAUACUUCAGCGCUCAUGCACUGUUGGUCUUCCUUUGGUAAUAUGGUGUCAACACCAUGACAAGAUACCAGUUGCUAUAAAACCACUGAGUGCAGUGUGGUAGAAAUAGAUUUCCAGUGUAGCAUCCGCCAAAAGUUGAGCAUGAAACUUCAAGGCAGUGGAAAAGGCACCUUCUCAUUCAGAGGUGUUUCUAAAUGUACCUCUGAAGAGAUGGGUUAGCAGACUGCAGGACUUGGUGGGAGCAGUCUGGCAGGUGACUUCUCAGAGCAUGAUCUGGUGGGCUGGUGAAUCAGCCUGCAGAGUGUGUGCUGUUCAUCUGAGGCACUGCCAUCAGUCAGGAGCUUCUCUGCAGCAACUGGGCCCAGGCUGAGUUACGUUCAGUGUCAGCCCCUCUCCCAGAAAGGGCAGAAAUACAGUAUCAACAAUUAAUGUCAAUUAGCAUCAAUUAAGGAAUUGUGAGAACUUUAGUAGAAGGUUUUAUACUCAGAUGUAUGUGACUGAAACUAUGCUGUGACGCUUUUUGUUCUGCUUUUUUGCAAAGUAUCUGUUACACAUUUACCUGCUUUUGGUGGGAGAUUCUUGAUGCUCUGCUUCAAGGCAUGGUAUAAAUACAUAUACACACCUAGGGCUCACAGAAACAGCAGGCAGGAGUCAUUUAUUGGGGAGGUAUUAUGUGAGAGGCAAGCAUAAUUAAAAGCAUUUCCAAUUCCCUUUAAAGGCAGAAUUACUUUGCAUUGCACAGCAUUAGAAAACACUGAUGGCAGGGAGGAUUCCUGGUGCACAGUGCCAUUUUCACAUGGGUGCAGGAUGGGUACUGCCAUGUUCAGACUUGCAGCUGCUCUAGGGCUCAGUGAAGCUCCUAAGUUAGGAGCAGACAGCUUGUGUCCUCAGAUUGGAGCAAGUCAGGCACCAAGUCCAAAUUUAUGAUCCCUGGCAUGUCAGUUACUGCCUGAUGCUGGCAGUGCUCUGGCUUUUGCCAGUCCAGUUCCCUUAGCAUCCCAAACUGCUACAGCCUCAGCAGCAAGGAACCUCAGCCCUGAGUCACAUCUGUGUUCAUCUUGCUAUUGCACAGUGCUCUGCCUUGCCUGUGCAUAGGCACUGCUUAGGAAGUUGGGCAAAUUCUUGUCCUUCCUUGGAUAAUGGCAAGGAAAGGCACCAGUAAAGGAGUUCCAGUUAGCUGCAGUAUAACUCUGUUUCCUGCUGCGUAGUCCAAUCUCAUUUCUAGAAACUCAGAACCAAGAAGCUUUUACCGUUCUCCCAGAAAUACUGUUGCAGAAAGUAGAAUAGCCAUUUCAGAUAUUUUUCUCUUGCACUAUAGCCUAAAAUUUUCUUUAUUUAAUUUGAUGAAGAAGGUGUUUAGAAAUUUAAUUUACACCUGAUUAUGUAAGGCACACAGCCAUCUUUUGGUGCAUUAAGACAAGAUUGCUUUCUUCAUGAACACAAACUUGUGUUCUGUUGUCUGAGAGGGCUGCUGUUCAGUGGCCUCACACUGGAGAGAGAAUUUUUUUAAUGAAUUCUUAAUAACAACAGGGCUAACAGGCUAAAGGAAAAGUGGUCAGAAUAUGCUGUUAAUAGUGAAUUUCCAUUUGCAGUUACUUCUGUGUUGAAAUAUGACAAGAGUUUUGUCAGGUUCUGUCAGCUCUGUCCCUCCAGGAUGUUUCUCAAGAACUGCUUUUGAUGUUUGGGCAGAUUUUGGCUCUGAACUUCUGCUAGGUUUUUAAAGAACACUACAUGCUUCAAGCAAAUCUGCUAUGUUUCUUCCAGCCUUGGUGUUCUCCUUUUAUUUUACAUUCUAUGUACUAAUACUUUCAGCAUUUUUCUGUCAAACAUGAAUGGCAAGCUGUGUGGACUGUUGUUCCUCCCGGACGUUUUAGGUAUGUAAGUGGUUUUCCUCCAUGUGUCCUAGAUGACGACUCAGUGAUGUGGCUGUCAUAGAGAGUGACCAAACGAUGCUGUAACUGUGCUGCUGUAUUUCUGCCUGUCAUGUACUUGAAGGAGGAUGCCCUUCUCCACCUCCAUGCUCACUCUGUUUUCUUUUUUUUUUUAAUCCAUUGCUGUUGGUGUUCUUUCAUAGGUGUCUGAUUUUUUUUAGUACCUGCCACAUUUAUCUUCCCUUCAAUGGGCACUUCAUCUUAAUAUCUUGAGAUCUGUACAACUGUCUAGGGUUUAUAUUUCCUGAAGAAAGAAGGACCAGCUGCUGGAGGAAAAUGUUUUGGACCAAUGUACUUCUGCUUUGUGACUGUGAAAUGUUAAUCUUUUUGUAACCUAAGAACAAAAAAUGUUUAGUAAAGGGAUAUAUUUUGUGUUUUUUGAAACUUUUCAGUGCAAUGAACAAAAGAGGAGGAUACUGAAGAAGUGUAUGUGCAAAGUUUUAAAAUAAAAUUUUAAAUUAUAUAUUAUAUAAUCCAUCUAGAUGUAGAAUCAUUUUUAUUCUACGUUUGUCAUGAACAUUCCCCUAGUCUCUUAAUGUGUAUUACUAAUUGUGUGAUGUGGACAAGUAGCACACUCUGCUUUACAAGGGAACUGACGAUUCACUGACAAAAGGUCUGACUCUUGAGUUAGUGAAGUAAAUUCCUCUGAGGUGCAUUAGUGGAUGGGCUGAUCUGUGAGAGUUCAGCUGUAGGGUAGCUGUGAGAGCUUUGUGCUUCCAUCAGAUAAUGAUUCAUCACUCAGACUGCCAGUUGCCAUGUUCUGCUAUGCAAAGUGAUCCAGUACCAGAUCUCUGAGGCAUGGGAUGUACUUUUGGAAAUGACAACAUAGUUGGAGUAAGUUUUCCCUCAUCCUCAGUUCCUUAGGAAUCACUGUCUGAAAUUCUACUCUGAGUUUAUGUUUGAGUAAGGGUGAAUUCAGAGAUGCCACUGAAGCAGGCUCUCACAGUUAUUUAGUAACCAAAAGUGCUUUUGCAGGUACUGAAGAUGCAGGAGCUGACACCCAGCACAGCCACGGACAAUGCCCACCUGGGUUGCCAGCAAGAGAAUGAGAGCUGGGCAUGUUCCUACUCAUAAUAUUUUGAAAUACUGCAUUGUAGCACAAGUGGUUCUCCUGCUUCCUCUUUCACCUCAUGCUUAGUAAAAGAGCAUUGAAAACAUCUGUUCUAGUGCUACUGCAGUUUUCAAAGUGCUGCACAUGCCCAUUGUGUCCACUGAGCACAAUGGGGAGUGCAAAAAGAGGCGAUGCGUUACUUUCUUUCACUCUUGCUUCAUUACUCCCCCCUUAAGUUCUACAGUUUGUUACUGCACUCCGACCUCAGUGUCAAGUUUAAAAUUGCUGUGCAAAUAAAACUUCAGCACAGCUUUGCCUGCCGUGCUGGUGUCAGCUGAAUAAUAAGUGUUGGUAGCAUGCAGUGACAGGGAACUGUUGCACACCAGCUGAACCUAAAGGACCUUUUCCACAUCAUCCUUUUGUAUUUCAUAUGCCCUAAAUUCUGUAAGCUUGUAGAUCAAGUAAGGCUUCUUUUUAAUUUUUUAAAGUGAUCCAUACAACUCUUAAAAUUUGGACAUCAGUCUCUGUCAUUCAUGCAGGCAAUAAAUCA